AUGGAGGCUCAGGUCACACGCAAUUGCUUUUGCACCUAUACUGGUGCCCAAAGUCAAGUGGACACAACUGUCUUCUUUAUUUCUGGGAACCCGGGGUUGAUCGGUUACUAUCAUCCCUUCCUCUCCUUGCUAGCACAACACCUAGCUGGCCCAAAGCAAGGGUCUACUCAGAAGGCAUCUACAUCUUUCCAGAUAUACGGAUGCAGUCUAGGCGGGUUUGAAGUUGCUGAUAAUGGCGACGAGCGUGGAUCUUCAGCUUCCAAUGGCUCUAGGGCCAAGGAUACAGCGGACGGGAAGAACCGGUUCUACGACUUGGAAGAGCAAAUCUGCUUUGUACAGGAUACCUUGAAUCAAGUGAUGAGCAAAACCGCUAGCUCUGCACCACUGGGGAAAAAACAGAAGGUUAUCCUUAUUGGACAUUCUGUGGGGACGUACAUGGCCAUGGAAAUACUCAGACGGCACCGUGAAGCUACGACUCAAUCUACUUCUAGUCCGGAUUUUGAUAUCACAGGGGCUGUCAUGCUGUUUCCCACUGUGAUGGAUAUCCAGGCUUCGCCAUCAGGACAGAAGUUGACGACUCUACUUUCAAUGAUUCCGCAGCUUGCUCUCGUGGUUAGCAUCUUCGCUAGAGUCCUCACGCUCAUCCUUCCCGACGCUAUCUUGAAGUCCGUGAUCCGUCUUGUCAUGAAGAACCCCCCGCCCCACGCUCUCGAUACGACAUUUACAUUCUUGAAGAGCCCUGGAGGCGUGCGACAGGCACUACAUAUGGCCGCCGACGAGAUGCGGACUAUCACAACCGAUAAAUGGAGCGAUGAUGUAUGGGGCGUGGCUUCUACUCGCGAUCCUGUCGCAAAGCUGUUCUUCUAUUUUGGGCGGAACGACCAUUGGGUCGCGGAAAAGACUAGAGAUGAUAUUAUUGCAUUGAAAGGGCGUCAAGAUGGACUUGGCCCAAAGAUGCUUGUAUGCGAAGAAGGAUUGCCGCAUGCAUUUUGCCUGAAGCAUAACGAGAUCAUGGCUACGAAGGUUGCUGGGAUGAUCAGGGAGAUUGAAUCGAGUUAG